GCGGCGGCGCCGGGGGUGCUCCGCGCCCUCGCCCUGCCCGCGGUGCAGUUAAGAUGCGCCCCGGACGCCGUGCGGUUGCAGCGCGGCGGCGCUGACAUCGCUCACCAUGGACAGCUUCGACUUAGCUCUCCUUCAGGAGUGGGACCUGGACUCUCUGUGUGUCUACGAGCCGGAUAGAAACGUGCUGCGAAGGAAAGAAUGGGAAAGGAGAAAUCAGGAGGCCCAGCAGGAGGAUGGCGCGUUUAACACAAGUUACUCCCUCUUCAGUGAACCGUACAAGACUAACAAGGGGGAUGAGCUCUCGAAUCGCAUCCAGAAUACGCUGGGCAACUAUGAUGAAAUGAAAGACUUGUUAACUGACCGAUCAAACCAGAGCCACCUUGUUGGGGUUCCAAAACCUGGGGUUGCUCAGACGUCUCUUCCCAAGCCCGAUGAACAUCUUAUUGCAGACUCGAGACCGCCGCCUCCUCCUCCCAUUUCCAGCACUACUUCUUCCACACCAGCAGCCCUACCUGCCCAGCAGAGCAAAAGCACUACGAUGGGUUGGCAGAAGGCCGGGCACAAUGCCGCUUCGGAUGGCCAGCAGAGAGCGAGCAAGCACGGGCACCGGUCGCUGGAGUCACACAAGGGUGACUUCAAACUGGCGAACCAAAAAGCCAGUCUGGAGAAACUCAAACGCUAUGCAUCGAGUCCCACCUCCUCCUCCUCCUCCUCCUCCUCCUCCUCCUCCUCCAACACUGCCCAGCAAAGCUCUCUGAGGGCCACACUAGGAGACAACGUCAACAGAGUGCAGCAGCCAGCAAAGCUCAAUUGUAGCUCAGAAGGAGGAGCUCAAGCGCAAGAAAGGACAGCAAAGCAUGGUGGCGGGCACUGCGUCCAAAACUUCCCACCCUCUCUUGCUUCGAAGCCCAGUCUGGUUCAGCAGAAACCGACAGCUUAUGUAAGGCCAAUGGACGGUCAAGACCAGGCUCCUGAUGAGUCUCCGAAGCUGAAGUUACCAGCAGAGACAACCAAGUCGUAUAGGGGAGUGCCUUCUAACAAGCCUGAUUCGGCCAGGACCAAGUCAAAGAUAGCCAAGUUCAGCAUUCCUAAGCAAGAAGAGGACAGUGGAACAGGAGAUAACAGCUGCAUUGAAGAAAUAUUGCGGGAGAUGACUCAUUCAUGGCCUCCGCCACUGUCAGCUAUUCACACACCAGGAAAGGCAGAACAAAGCAAGUUUCCCUUCCCAAACAAGGAGUCACAACAGGGAUCUACAGGACACAGCAAUACAAGGAAAAGUGAUGUAGAGCCAAAGAGUCCAGAGAAAAACGCAACCCAUACAUCAAUGCUAGAAGAUGACCUCAAGUUAAGCAGCGAUGAAGAAGAGAAUGACCAGCAGGCAGCACAGAGAUCUGCUCUCCGCGUUCUAUCUGACAGCCUGGUGGUGCCGCAGUCCAACGCCCGAGCCUCGGGACUCUCCAGCAAGGGGUCGAGCAGCAGCAGCUCCAGUGAAUCCGAGACCAGCUCAGAGUCUGACUCAGAGAGCGAAAGCAGCUCCAGCGAGAGUGACGGCAGCAAGCCCUCGCAUUAUUCCAGCCCAGAGCCCGAGCCACCCUCAUCCAACAAGUGGCAGCUGGACAAGUGGCUAAAUAAAGUCACCCCGCACAAAGCACCCAUCCUGACCCACCACGAUGGCCCAGCGCUGGACGCCCAUCCCUACUACGGCCGCGUGAAGGCAGAGCGGCAGGAAAGCGAGAAGACCCCGGCCGCCGGCCCGGCCGAACACCGCAGUGGGGAGGGCCGUGCCACCGCCACCACCACCGUCGCGGACGGACCGCGGCCCAGGACCGCCAACAAAGCACCGGGCAGCAAGGGCAGCCGGCAAAAGUCACCCCCCGCCGCCGACGGCGGGCCUCCGAGGCGGGCGGCAGGGAAGAAGGCGCCGCGGCGGGCCGAGAGGACCUCUGCCGGGGAGGGCCCCCACUGCCCCGGUGCGGAGGAGCCCCCCGGGAGCCACAGCUUUCUGGAAAGCACCGCUGGCGAGGCACCGAGGGCCCGGCCCGGCGGCGGCGGCGGUGGCUGCAGGGCGGGUCACCGCCGCGAGCCCCGCUCGGCCGCAGCCGGCGAGAAGCGUCGGGCCCGCGGGCCGAGCAAAACGGCGCCCAAAUCCAAGGAGUUCAUCGAGACCGAGUCUUCGUCCUCGUCAUCCUCCUCCGACUCGGGCUCUGAGUCGGAGCGGGAGGAGCGCCCGCUGCCCAAGGCGCCGCCGGCGGCCGGGGCUGAGCCGCGUGCCAAGGACGCGGGGACCGGCGCCGCCAGCAAACCCCACGGCGGCUGCAGUGCCUUUGGCUCCAUUAAUGCCAGGACUAGUAGUGAAAUAGCAAAGGAGCUGGAGGAACAGUUUUACACCCUGGUUCCUUUCGGUAGGAAUGAGCUCCUGUCUCCUCUGAAAGACAGUGAUGAGGUAAAGUCGCUGUGGGUCAACAUUGACUUGGCUCUUUUGUCCAGGAUUCCAGAGCGUUUGCCCGAAGAGCCACUGGCCAUGAGCGCCGGAGCAAACCAGCCGGCCAGCCUCCCGCAGGGUAGUAGUGCUGACCCCCCCGCAGAGAAGGGUUUACCGAAAUCUAGAAGGAAACGCAAGUGUGAGAAUGAGGAAGAGUGCAGAGACAUCAAGAAGACUCACUUAGAGCGAGAGAGUUCUUCACGAUUAGCUGCCUCUGCCCACAGCAUCACAACAGCAAAUCACUGCAAUAUGAAUGAAAAUAGCUUGGCAAUACCAAUAAAUAAAAAUGAGAAAAUGCUUCGGUCACCCGUCUCUCCCCUCUCUGAUGCAUCAAAACACAAAUACUCCAACGAUGAUUUAACUUCCUCCAGCAGACCUAAUGGCAGCAGUCUAUUACCUUCCAUCUCCUCCAGCAAAAAACAUAAGGGUGAAAUCCAGUCGCAGCCACAUCCCGGAGACUUCAAUAAAGCAAUUCACAUCAAUUCAGAAAAUGUUCUUCUCUGCAAUAAGCCACAGUCCCAAACAGAGCCUUGGUCACCGCUGUCCAGCACACCCAGGGACUGCAGAAGGACAAAGCUUAUCUUUGAUGAUAUGCCACGCAAUGCAGAUUACUUUAUGCAGGAAGCUAAACGGAAGAAGCAUAAAGCAGAUGCAAUGGUGGAAAAGUUUGGAAAGGCACUGAAUUAUGCAGAAGCAGCACUAUCGUUCAUUGAGUGUGGAAAUGCAAUGGAACAAGGCCCAAUGGAAUCUAAAUCCCCUUAUACAAUGUAUUCAGAAACAGUUGAACUCAUCAGGUAUGCAGUGAGACUAAAAACCCACUCAGGCCCCAAUGCCACGCCAGAAGACAAACAGCUGGCAGCAUUAUGUUACCGCUGCCUGGCCCUUCUGUACUGGAGGAUGUUCCGACUCAAGAGAGACCAUGCAGUCAAGUAUUCGAAAGCGCUUAUUGAGUAUUUCAAGAAUUCAUCAAAAGCUGCCCAGAACCCAUCUCCUUGGGGUGCCAGUGGAAAGAGCACAGGAACUCCAUCACCGAUGUCACCUAGCCCUUCUCCAGUCAGCUCUGUAGGAUCCCAGGGGAGCACAGGGGCCCCUUCCCCAUCUCCUAUCAUCAGCAUCCCACAGCGCAUUCAUCAGAUGGCCGCCAACCACGUCAGCAUCACCAACAGCAUCCUGCAUAGCUAUGACUACUGGGAGAUGGCUGACAACCUGGCCAAGGAAAACAGAGAUUUUUUUAACGACUUGGACGCAUUGAUGGGACCUAUCACCUUGCACAGCAGUAUGGAGCAUUUAGUUCAGUACACUCAACAAGGACUUCACUGGGUGCGGAAUAGCGCUCACUUGUCAUAAUGACUGUGUGCCAUUCACAUGGACAGUAUACCUUCCAUGGAUAAUUCAGUUAUUCUGGACACUGUGCUACAGAAAUAGUCAACCACAGCAUUGAUCCAAACAAAGGUGAAUAUUUCUUCAACAUUGAGCAAAAUUUUUCUGAGUGUAGACAUGUAUGUGUGCAUAUGUACAAUAUACAAUGAUGUCUCUUCAGAAUGAAUUGUUCUGUACCACUCUCCAAACAUCUUCACACACUAGAAAUACUAGGAAGAACUGAUCUUAAUGCACAAAACAUACCCUUUCUAUUCUUGUGCUGAAAUACUCAGAAACCAAAAUCUCAUGGGCUGAUUGAACCAAGUGCAAUAAGCACAGAUCCCUAUUCAGGAAAGCUCUCAAUAGAUUCUUAACUUUAAGCUUGUACUGAAAUCCCAUUGACUUCAGCAGAGCUUAAGCACAUACACAAGGGCUUUCCUGGACUGGAAUGAAUGAGGGCAAAUCAUAGACAUGGAGAGCUUUUACUGCGAGCAUGGACACGCCACAGAAGUUUCAAUAUUAGUGUGCCAUCUCCCUGUUACUUCCCCACUGGGGCACACAGAAGAGUUGUGUAGCCCACAUCAAGUUGGAGAAAGACGGCAUUCCUUCACGUGCAAUAAGUUUCAACAAAUUGCAUGCAUUUCUUUAUCUCCUGUCUUUUUAAAUAACUUUACCUCUUGUUCAGCUCCUCACCAACAGUAUAACCUACCAGUAUCAAGCAAAAAGCCUGAAAACAGAUAUGCUGAUAGCAAGAACUUAAAGGAGAUGGUCGAAAAUUGCAUUCUGUUACUGACACUAAAGAGAUAAAUGAAAAAAUAUGGCAAACUGCUAUCCACUUAGUAAAGAAAAUGUGUUAAUUUCAGCUGCGUACACACAGAGGGACAGAGAGAUAUCUAUAACAGUUGUUGGCUUUGCAUGGGAAGGCUUCAUCCCACAGAUUUUGACUUUCAUAUCUUUUUUUAUCUAGCAGAAGCUUGCAGCAUUUUCUUCUAGGCUGUAUGGGAGCAUUACAUGCAAUUUCCUUUAUCUGGGAAGCUGAGUUUGCUGCUCAUCAGGCUAAGAACUGUUUCCUAUCAUAAUCCUCUCACUCUUCAUGCAUAAUCCUCAACUAGGCUUUAAUGUUUCUUGAUUUAUGGGAUGUUUUCAAUUCCUGUUGACAGGCUGUGUUUUUCAUGCCAGAAGAAUUAAUCCCACAAUAAUUGGAGUUUAAUUUGGGUCAGCUGGGGUCAAGGCCAGUUCAUAUCAACUGUGCUUGCAUUCGGUGCAUUUUUGUUCAUUUUCAGUGGUUUUCACACAUUUAGUUUCCUUUUUCUGUGUCAGAGAUACAGGGGUUUUGCAUCAGAUUUACACCCUUUACUCAAGUCAGCAGCUCCAGUGACUUUCAAUGGACUGUUCUUGUCCAAGUCAGUGGUUGGACCCUUUGAUUGUUGUUUUCUAAUCUAAUUUACUUAUACCUUAAGGAAAUGUGAGUACAAAAGACUCUUUCAAUAGAAGAUACAAGUAGAAGUAGCCACUGAUAUCGAUGGUUGAUUGAUUGGUCCUUGCUGCCUUUUUUUUUCCUCCCCCAUUUUUGAAGAGCUGCAUUUUGAAAAAACAUACCAAACAGUGCGGCACGUUUGCUCAGUAAAAUGUCUUUGGUAACACAGGCUGUAUGUACCCUGUGGUAAAGAGCGGGCUUGAGAGCACACUGAGCCCCGCAUACCUGCAUUUUUUGGCCAAGGCUGCUUACCGUAGCUCCAGCUGUCACUCAGAGCAUUCACCCUGUUCUUUGAAGCAGCUCAGCGGGACAGCUACUGAGGAACCGCUCGGCCCCAAGCCAUCCUGAGCCGAUAUUUAUGUGCCCAUUGGUGCUCAGAUACUUCUCCCACAAGAGAAGUCCUGAGCUCAGGCUGUGGUCACCUCUUAGCAUGGUCUUGAGUGUUACAGUGUGUCUGGCUUUAAGAGUGAACAUGGACCUGCUUUUAAAUGACAAAAUACACAUCCUCCAAGUCCUCCCAUCACUCUUAACUCUGGCUGUUACCCACCCCAGAAGGAACACUAUUUGUUUGGUCACAAGUAUCAUGGAGAACUUGAUCGGUGCCUUUCUGUUUAUCACUUGCCUGAUCUUCAGCUGUGGAAGUCUGUCGUGAUUUCCUAGACUAGUAGCAAUGGAUUCUGUCAGCUGCUUCAAUACCAUAUGAAGGUACUGUGGGAUUUCUCCUCAGAUUAGGAAAGUGAAAUUCCAGUUAGACUAGCUUCUGUUUUCUUUGACGGUGCCUAUGAUGUUUAUCUUCAGAUAAGUUUGGGGGUUUUGGAGCCCUUACUGCUAUUUAAUGUUGAGAAAUUUUAGAAGUGACAUAUAUUACUUGCCUUAAAUGGAGUUUAGUUUUAUUGCACAUGUGGCAUUUGAGUUUCAAAUAUGGAACUUUGAAGCAUGUUUAUUUUACUAAGAUCGGGAUAUUUUUCUUAAUCACGAUGAACUCUUUGUAUGGAUGUAAAAUGUCAAGAAACUUCAAAGAAAUGCAAGAAUUAAUGCUGUCCUGUUGUAACAUUUCCAAGUACUAAGGAUCUCGUGUAGAUGAUUGUCCUUUCUUGUACCUUGUUCUUAUAUGGAAUUAUUCCAGCUAAAAUACCCAUUACUUCCAUGGAAAAA